UGUUGUCACUCUACUUUUGAUGGUGAAGUUUUAACAAGAACACGGAGGACUAACACAAAGAAAGCGAUACAAAUGAGGAUAAUGGGGCAUCAGCUGAUCCAAGAGCAAACAUCAUGACUGCACCCCAAACCGACUGAGAGAUCCUUGACCAAAGAUGCAACCAGGAGGUCCACCCGCUCCACCACCACCACCGCCACCACCACCACCACCACCGCCUCCACCUCCACCUCCUCCACCUCCAGCCUUUGGCCUCCCCCCAUCACUACAUGGCUUUGGCCUUAAUGCCAAGGGAGCACACCGGCGCUCCAGGAUGCGCAAUUUUAACUGGGAAACCCUCCCCAAACACAGUGUGGAAGGAAAACACAACAUCUGGACAGCAGAUAAGACUGAUGGGGAAUAUGAGCUGGACACUGAACACAUGGAGGAGCUGUUCAGCCGCAAGCAGGACCAGCAACAAGUCAAGGCCCUGAACCGCCAGAGCCUGAGGGGCCAGCCAAAUUCUGCCUCAGGAGGGGUAAUGGUUUCCAUCCUCUGCUCCAAAAGAAGCAUGAACAUUGGAAUUUUCCUGAAGCAAUUCAAGCGGACUGUAAAAGACAUGAUUGAAGAAAUUAAAUCAGGAAGUAGUCUCACUUUUGGUCCUGGAAAACUGAAGGAGCUCUGCAAGCUGCUGCCAGAUGAAGGGGAGAAGAAGCAGCUGGUCGGUUUUAAAGGUGACCCCUCUGCUCUCCCUGACGCAGAUCUGCUAAUGAUAAUGCUAGUCAAGAUUCCCAGCUAUGAAGAGCGUCUCAGCAGCUUGGUGCUCAAAGAGGAACUUUUCCCCCUCAUGGAUGAAAUGAAAAACUUCAUCAGCACUUUGACAGCAGCUGGAAAUGAGCUCUUGGAGUCGGAACACCUCCAUUCCGUCAUUCGCCUGGUGCUGAAGACUGGAAAUUACAUGAAUGCUGGUGGCUAUGCAGGCAGUGCCAUUGGAUUCAGAAUGGCUUCUUUGUUGAAGUUAGCAGACACUAAAGCAAACAAACCAGGAAUGAAUCUUAUGCAUUAUGUAGUGAUACAAGCCCAGAAGUCAGACGGGGACCUGCUUAAUUUUGCAGACCAACUCACACAAAUUGAAGCUGCAUCAAGACUGAAUAAAGGUGAAAUAGAAGCAGAGUAUGAAAAACAGGUAAAAAGAGUGCAAGAUGCCAAAACGGACACCCUGAAGCAAGAAGACCUAAAAGCUCAGAUGGAUGAUUUUCUAAAGGGGGCUGAGGUCUGCUUAACUGAAAUGGAGACCGACCUUCAGGAACUACAGUCAGUGAGUGACUCUGUGGCGGACUACUUCUGUGAAAACCCAGAGAAGUUCAAACUAGAGGAGUGUUGCUCCAUUUUCCACUCCUUUUGUGAGAAAUUCAUGCGGGCCAUGCAGGAAAAUAAGGCUCGAGAGGGGGCAGAGGUGAAGCGGCGACACAGAGAAAGAUUGCAGAAUGCUGUCAAACGAAGGUCAACAGCUACCUGCUCCACUAGAGACAAAGAAAUGGAAGGAAUUCAAUUGCAAUCUGUCCUACAAAACUUUCUCACCAGUCGUGUCUCUCGGAGGAGACUCGGGAGACCCUCAUCUGCUUAUGGAAGCCCGACGAGCAGCAGUCCUAACGAUGGGAGUCUAUCUGAAAUUAACCCUCAGGCAAACCUCCCCACUGGAAUUCAAAAAAGAAUAGGCUCUGUUAAAGCUACGGACAUGGACAGAAAACAGUGGAGUUCAGCAGUUGAACUCUCAGAGAACCCUCCACAAAAGAAAACUCAAACCAAUAGCGAGGACAACAAGGCAAAAGGCGACAUUUCUAAUGAACAAGAGGUGAACACUUUGAGUAAAGAGGACUCCAGAGGUCUCACACAGCCAGCCAGCAGGACCACCAGCGUUUCCUCCUCAGGCAGACUUUUCUCCACCACCACUGAUGACAGUGAGGAAGACCUACACGAUAAUAACGAAGAGGAGGCCCAAAGAUUGCGGGAAGCAUCUAAAAAGGUUUUGCGCUUUCAGAAAAGCCGUAGCAGUGUCUCAUCCGAUUCUUUUGAAAAUCUGAAAUCUCCUGGUCCAAAAGGCACAUUGACUCGUCAACGCACCUUUGAUGAGGACACAGAGAGGUAUCCUGGAGACCCCACCAAUGAGGAUUUAGUUAGACUUUUGCUAAAUCCUCAGUCUUUCACAAAAUGUGACCUUGGCCGACGCCAUACUCUACCUUCUAAAGUUCCUAAAACUGAGGAAGAGGAAGCUAAACUGUGUCCCAAGCCACCAGUAAGAUCUCCUUCUGCUGCAAGAGAAAAAGGGACACUGCCAGCAGAAGGGUCUGAACAAAAUCCUUCAAAUCAAGUGUUUGACUUUCCCAAUUCAUCUCAGAGCUUUAAGAACUCUGGUUCUAAAGACCAGCAUUCUCCGUCAGCAGAAAAGAAAAGCAAGCUAAAUGUUUCUGUAACCCAUGUUCCAGAUGCUGGACAUGAGGAGCAAAUCAAAGUGGACAAAUCAAUGGAGCCGUCAGGGAACCCCUUGCAGAGAAAUAGUGAAACCCCCACUAACAGUGCAUGGACAAAGACUGAAAACUCUGGACUAUUUUUUGGCUUUUUAAAACGCCUUGGAGAUAUGAGCAAACUGCAGACUAGCAAAGAAACUGUCCAUAAGGGCAAUGAUUCUAGUGUAUAGGCAUUGAGAUGUAUCAAACGUAAGGUCAGGAAAACACAAGUAGCUUUAGUGUAACUUUAAUGACCUCAUCAUGGUGAUUGUGUUAUAUUUAAUGUUAAUGUUGUGAAUCGAUAAUGAGGUCUUUAAAGAGACAGAGAGAUGUUUCUAUGAAAGUGGUGGGAGUAGAGGAUGUUUUUGUUGAGGAAAGGCAAUUGGCAUGUUGUACCACUAGAUGGCAGAAAGUGACAGUAACAUGGGACAUUGUUGCUAAGGAAAUAAGGGUGUUGUUGAUUUCCAGGCAAUCUGUACAUUGUAACAAAAGAAUGAUGGGCACACUGUAAACCAUUUCCCUAUUUUGUAUCAAUAAUAUGAACAUUAGAUUGACAGUAAGGUGUUGUCCUUAUCAGUUGGAUAAAUGGGAGAAUAUUUAAAGUGUGUGUGUGUGUGUGUGUCCUUUGUCUGGAUUACAAUGUAAAACCUUGCAGUAUGUAUUGAGAAAGCUCGUGGACGUUUAGUGAGGGAGCAUAAAGAAAUGUGACUGUUUGUACAAUCUUGGCUUGAUUCUUAUUUUUGAUAUUUUGAUACAUUACUUAUUGUACUGUAUGCUUGAAUUUAAUACUGUUUUUCAGUUUUGCAAUCAUUCAAUUAUUUGCUUUUUGCUUUUUUUUUUUCCUUCUCUGUUGCUGUCACAUAAUCACAUCAAAAAUGCAGUUCAGGAUGCUUUCAGGGUCAUUCACAAUUUAAACAUUGUUUUGAGCUGAAAUGGGUCAGUGUUACAUAGGCAACCUGUAUGUAUGCAGAGCUGUACCAUGGACUGUCAGUGGCAAAGUGAAGGGUGCUGAUCUCAAAUGAACUUGAGAACAGAUUACUGUGGUUGAAGGGCCAACACCCGGUUUCUUAUUAUGAAGGAAGGGAAUCAGCCUUGCUUCAUUUACCGCUGUGCACUGCUUGUGGCAAAGCCAGGCUAUGACCCCAAUAUCUGGAGCAGGUACAGAGGGGUCGUUGAGGCCACAGCCUGGGCCAAUACAUCUAGGAUUACAAAAUGUAAGUUCAACGUUGUCCAGCUGUCUGACUGAAGUGUACCAAUGAGGUAAUUACAUCUCUUUGAACGUUUUUGUUAUAAUCUAAACAGCAACUGGAGUGAUCUGAAUGUGUUCUGUAUUUAUUUGCAAUUUAAUAUAUUUUAUUUGACUGAUAUGGAUAGCCAUCAACAUUUCCGAGAAUCAUUGGUGUUGUCACUGAAUCGUGACUUGUUACAGUGUUGUUUUGUAAUUGUACCUCUAAUCAUUAAGAGUGUCAAAUAAAUAUG